CAUCUGUUUUGCUCCGCCGUAUGCUAAUGCAUUCUGAUGUAUGCUAAUGAGCCGCCAACUCUGUAUGCUGAUGUAUUCUGAUUUAUGCUAAUGAGCCCGCCCCGCUCAGUCUCCCCUCCGUAUGCUGAUGUAUUCUAAUUUAUGCAAAUUCCCGCCCCCUCCACCCGCCCAGGCGACUUCUCCAACUCGGACCUCGAGGACGCGGCCGGGGGACGCGGCCCCGGCCGCGGCGGCGAGGGACCCCGGAGCGGGGAGCCCGACCCCGAAGGUACCGAGUACUCAGCGCACAGCACCCACUGCCGCCGCCGCCACUAACGCUGCCCCCGCACUGAGCACUAACCAAGCCCAGCACCCGGCUGACCCCGCCCGGCACCCGGAGCCCUAGGUACUAACCGCUGCGAACUAAGUAUCCAGCACCCUGGGCCCUAACCAGUCACGGCGCACCGAGCACCCAGCACCCCGAGCACUGAGUCCCGAGCU